AUGUCAACAGCAACAUCUCUUCAGACAACGAAUAAGCCUAUAACAUCCACUAAUGGACAACCAUCAAAACGACCAGGCAUACGUAAAAUAAUGACUUGGAAUUAUAGAACAAAAGAUAAAAAGCAUGGACACUCGUUUGGUUAUAAUAGUGCUCCAGAAGACGAUCCGCAAGUACCACCACCAGCCAGUCCAACACCCAGUUUCAAAAGUGUAAAGAAUGGACGACCAUCACUGUUUGCCACAUUUGCUCGCAGGAAUUCCACAAAAAGUCUAAGUGAAAAUUCAACACGUAGUCGAUCACCAACAAGCCCUCGUACAUCAACUGAAUGUGGUAUUUCGGCUGAUGACUUCCGAACUCCAAGUCCAACACCAUCACGGAAUUCGAUGAUAUUUGAACGAGAUAUUGAGUUUCAUGACCAUUUGAGUGUUCAUGAAGCUAUUGAUAUGGCAAUUCCUCCCGUGUUGGAUACUCUUGCUUCAGAUGAAGUACCAACAAUCCUUACUGAAAAUGGUUUGAGACCUCCAAGUCCACCUCCAUUUGAUACUCCAUUAAUUGCGGAUACUCUGCGAGUGACAACUCCAAAAGUGAUGAAUGAACUUGCGGGAGUCAGAGAGACGAAUGGGGCCAAUGGAAUACAACUUACGGUGGUCAACGAGACAAAUGAGACCAAUGGAAUACAUGAUAGCUCAUAG